GAACUGAAAAGGAAGCUGAAUAUUCUGACUCGUCCUAGUGGAAUGUCAGUGGAGAACUCCAAAGUUGAUGGACCUCUGUUACAGAUUUUAUUUAUGAACAAUGUAAUUUCUAAGCAGUAUCAUCAAGAAAUUGAAGAUUUUAUUUUUAAUUUAGUUCAGAAAUAUGAAGAGCAGAAGAGAGGUGAACAAGAAAAAACACACUUCAAUGUUAAGCCACAGCCUUCCAGUGUUCUUCUGGAAGAGGACUGUAAAACAGCAAGCUUGAAUUCUGUUAAAAAAGUUAAAGAAGCUUUUAGUGUUGUAGGAAGUGUUCUGUAUUUUACCAAUUUUUGUCUCGAUAAACUGGGACAGCCUUUAUUAAAUGAGAAUCCACAGCUGACAGAAGGAUGGGAAAUACCUAAAUAUCAGCAAGUUUUCAGCCAGAUUCUCUCCCUAGAUGGACAAGAAAUACAAGUAAAACCAAAAAGGCCAAAAUCGCAUUGUUUCAAUUGUGGUUCUGAAGACCAUCAAAUGAAAGACUGUCCACAGCCACGGAAUGCAGCUCGUAUAAGUGAGAAGAGAAAGGAGUUUAUGGAAGCUUAUGGUGAAGCAAGCAAUCAGAAUUUUCAGCAGCGCUAUCAUGAAGAAGAAGUAGAAGAGAGGUUUGGAAAAUUUAAACCAGGAGUAAUUAGUGGGGAACUUCAAGAUGCGCUUGGUGUCACGGAUAAGAAUCUUCCUCCGUUUAUAUAUCGCAUGCGGCAGCUGGGUUAUCCUCCCGGCUGGCUCAAGGAGGCUGAAAUGGAGCACUCGGGACUUGCACUUUACGAUGGAAAAGAUGGUGGUGGAUCAGAAGAGGAAGGAUCGUGCCAAUCAAAACGUAUCACUUACGAUGUCUCCAAGUUGAUAAAUUACCCCGGCUUUAAUGUAUCCACUCCAAGUGGGUUCCCAGAUGAAUGGGAGCUAUUUGGUUCCAUUCCCAUGCAGCCAUCACAACAGAAGGAUGUUUUUGCUAACUACCUUUCUAAUUUUCAUGCGCCAAGCCCAAAAUCUAGCAAUAAAAGAGCUGCACCUCAGUCAAAGUCUCAUCAUGCAAAACGACUGAAAGAAGACAAUUUGGAGGUACCAGCAGCUGACAUGGACUUAGAUUCUGAUCUGGAAGUGUCAAAAAGAUCUCAAGCUCCUAACAGUUUUCACUUCCAACCUCCGCUGCCACCUGGCUGUCCAUCGAUGUCAACUCCUCCUCCUUUACCACAAGGAACACCUCCUCUUCCUAGGACUACUCCAUCAUCGAAUCCUUCCAGCGAUAUUCCUCAGCCGAAAGUAGUGGACUCAGUCAUGGAUGAGGAUACCCUGACCUUGGAAGAGCUGGAGGAACAGCAGCGGUUAAUCUGGGCAGCGCUAGAGCAGGCGGAAAGCACUAACAGCGACUCCGACAUCCCUGUCGAUACACCUUUAACUGGAAAUUCUGUUACGUCAUCGCCAUCCAGGAACGAAGUAGAUCUUGUUGCAGAAGUAAGAUCUUCUGAUAAGGUGAUUACAGUGGAAACUCGAGUUUCCAACAUCGGUGAACAGACAGCGGAAAAUGAACAUUCUAUAACUAGUCCUAAUCCAGGGGAUAGUUUACUUAAUUUACAGGGAAAUACAGAUAAUGCAGAUUCUGAAGGCUUGCUGGAUAACGCCGUGCCUGCACCCAACAAUGAGGUUAACAAUGGAGAAAGUACAGGUGGUAAUAAAGUGGUCACAAGCAACGAAUCGUCUGCAAAAAACUCCAGUCUUGUUCCUGAUAUGAGCAAGUUUGCUGCGGGCAUAACACCAUUCGAAUUUGAAAAUAUGGCAGAAUCAACAGGGGUUUAUCUACGAAUAAGAAGUGUGUUAAAAAAUUCCCCAAGAAACCAGCAGAAAAAAAAGACUUAA